AUGAGUGGUAGUCUACCUAUGUCUUCUCUUUCAAACGCUAAACGGAAUGAAAUGCCUUCUUGCGACGUUAACGCUACUAUUUUUCCGACUUCUGAUAUUGGAAGAUCGGAUCAGGUAGUAACGCCGACGAGCUUAGAACAAGAACAUAGUUGCUCCUCCUCUUCCUCUCUAAGGAAUAGUUUGUCCAAAAUUAUAGAUGAAACUCCACUGAAAAGAAUAAAGAAAAGGAGCUGUGAAAAUACCCAUGAAGAAAGUCCGGCGGCAAAUUCAAUAGAACAGAACGAAACUGAUGAAAUGGAAACACUUUCAGGAAUAAGUAAAUAUCUCAAACGUAGGAAUAUUUUCAUAGAAGAAGAAUCCAUAAAAGGAUAUCAAGAGCUUGAGGACGUAAAAAUAUCUGCACAAGCUCAAAUUGACAAAUUAAAGAGUCUUAAUACGUUUCAGCAAAUUGAUAAUUUUGAUUGGUCCAAAAUUGAAGAAGCCUAUGCUUUUAUCUUUAAUGACUACAUUAAUCAGAUGGAGAUUACUAUCAGAGACCUUGAUCAAUCCAUGAAGGUAACUAUCGAUUUUUUAAAUUAA